CCCACUGUUCUAAUACACAUCCAUCCCUAAUAUUCCUUCAUCCCUCGGUACUCGUCAGAGAUUCCGGUGGAAUCAGGCGAAGCAGCACAGAGCAGCCUGCAGUUUCUCUUCAAAGAAAACCCUAAUCCUCACAACCGUCUCCAAUCACAGUACUCACCUAUCUAUUUAAACCCAACAAAUAUAGAGCAGCCUGUUAAUCCCUCUCCAUGUUCAUCACCAACCCCACCUCCAAAACCCUUAAAAAGCUGAUCUCUUCCUGUAAAAAACCGAACUUUUUUUUCCUAUACCAGCCCCUAAACCCUCCUUAUACUCGUACCCAGAAAUCCCACUAUGUAGAUGUGUACAUGAAGUGGAAGAAAGACUCGUACUAUGACUCAAUUGAACACAUCCACGGGUCCAUACAACUCAAGCCCAUUGUUUCCUUGAAGAACUGCAUAGCCGAAGACCCUAAUGGGUGCAUCCCAAUAUCUCAAGUCUCCAAGAAGGGACUACAGUUGGGUGUUCCCAUGAAGGUUGCGAGCUUCUUGAGGCAAUACCCAGCAAUUUUCGAGGAGUAUACGGGUCCCCAAUAUAACUUACCUUGGUUCAGGCUGACCCCAGAAGCUAUCGAGAUUGAUAAAGAGGAGAAAGGGGUCUUUGAGGAAUGCAGGGAUGAUUUUAAGGAUAGGUUGAAGAGGUUGAUUCUGAUGAGUAACGGGAAAGUUUUGCCUUUAAAGAUUAUCCAGGGAAUGCAGUGGUAUUUAGGCUUGCCUGAGGAUUUUUUAAGGUGCUUGGAAAUGAAUCUUGAUGGGUCUUUUAGGUUUGUGGAGAUGGAAGACGGGUUGAAGUGUUUGACGGUUGAGAGCGAGGAAAAGGUAUUGUCUGUGGUCCAGAGAAAUGCUAUUAAGAGAGGGGUUUAUUUUGAGGAGCCAAUGGAAGCAAUCGAGUUUCCACUUUUCCCUUCAAAGGGUUUGAGGUUGAGGAGGAAGAUUGAAGGUUGGUUGAAAGAGUUUCAGAAGCUUCCUUAUAUUUCACCUUACGAGGAUUAUUCUCAUUUGGACCCGAAUAGUGAUAUAGCGGAGAAGCGGGUGGUGGGAUUUCUUCAUGAGUUGCUUAGUCUCUUUGUUGAGCAUUCAGCAGAAAGGAGGAAGCUUCUAUGCCUUAAGAAAUAUUUUGGGUUGCCACAGAAAGUUCACAAAGCAUUUGAGAGGCAUCCCCAUAUGUUUUAUUUGUCUUUGAGGAACAAGACUUGUACGGCUAUUCUUAAGGAGGCUUACAGUGAAACGUCAGCUAUAGAGAAGCAUCCUCUAUUGAGUGUGAGAAAGAAGUAUAUCAGGUUGAUGCAGGACUCGAAGCAGAUUUUGAAGAAUAGAAGAUCCAGCAAUCGGUUUAUCAAACGUGAGAAUUGGAACUUGGGUUUAGAUUUGGAUGCUGCGUCUGAAGAUUAAAGAGAGAUGGCAGAUUGCUCUUUCUUAGGAAUUUUUUCCCUCGCAUAUAAAUUUGACGUUAGUUGCUUAAUUACAGGCCGAUUAGUGACAGAUUUUGUUUGAGGUGAUGGAUGUAUUUGCAUUUCAAGGGUACUGGGGAACUUCCCCUUCUCUUUUCUUUUCU